GAACAUUCCUAUGCCUCUUUAGAGGAUAUUUUUACGGAUAACGCUCCCAAUCGACAUGACAUAUUGAUACAUGAAUUACAAAUUGGCCUAAAGAACCACCGAUAACGAUCUACGAAGUAUAUGCCCGACGAAACCUCAAUUUCAAACAACAACAACAACAACACCGUACCACACGCCUCCAAUCCCACAAUAUACAGAUAUAUAUAAAGCAAACCAUCCAUCCCAAUGCGCUGGACGCAACCCGCUCAGACCCAAAAAUCAUGGCUCCGCUUUCUCGGCAUCGGCGCAACCCUGUCCUUACUGAUCGUCGCAUUCCUCCUCUUCCACGACCGCUUCUCCGCCUCAGCCACGAAAUAUAUUCUGAAAACGACUGAUAAGGCACCCCUGGAAUGUCCCUCUGCGGUGACGAAUACCACAGAGUGGGAGUUCCACGCCCUGAGAGAUGCGAAUGACCACGGUCUGUCGGAUGAGCAAUGUCGGGCGGCGUUUCCGAAGUUGUUUGUGGAGUUGGAUAGGUCUGCGGAGGGGAGGAUGGAGAGGAAGAUCACCUCGAAGGAGGUGAAUGGGAUGUCGGUUGAGGAUGGGAUGGUUCGGGCGAUUGUGCAGGAUGGCGAGUUGUAUAUUGUCGACUUUGGCGCCAUGCCGGCGACUUUCACUCGCGGCAAAGCGACCUUGAACUCGCUGCAUCGCGCGCUGGCCUCGUUCCCUGACAGUCGCAACCUGCCCAACGUCGAAUUCGUCCUGACGACAGAGGACUACAGCACCGGCGACGGUCCUAUCUGGUCAUACUCCAAGAAGGAAGAGGAUGCGAAUGUGUGGCUCAUGCCGGACUUCGGAUACUGGUCGUGGCCGGAGGUCAAGAUCGGGUCGUACAAGGACAUCCGGGCACGGAUCGCCUCCGUCGACGACGGCGACUCACACGGCCAACAUGGGCUUUCGUUCCAGGCGAAGAAGAAACAGCUCGCCUGGCGCGGCAGCGUGGCUACGAACCCGCAGCUGCGCGGGAAACUGCUCAAGGCGGCGCAGGGCAAGAGCUGGGCCAGCAUCCGCGUGAUCGACUGGGACGACGAGAACGAUAUCCGCUACAACCUGCUCCCCAUGGAAGAGCACUGUCGGUACAUGUUCCUGGCGCAUGCGGAGGGGCGCAGCUUCUCGGGCCGCGGCAAGUACCUGCUUAAUUGUCGGUCGGUGACGAUUACGCACCACAUGGAGUGGAAGGAGGCGCACCAUGCGGCGCUGAUUGCGUCGGGCCCGGAGGCGAACUAUGUGCAGGUGCAGAAUGACUUCUCGGAUCUGGAGAAGAAGGUCGAGUUUUUGAUUGAUAAUCCGGAGACGGCGGAGAGGAUUGCGGAGAACGCGGUCAGGACGUUUCGUAAUCGGUAUUUGACUCCGGCGGCGGAGUCGUGCUACUGGAGGGAGUUGAUUAGACGGUAUGCGGACUCUUGUGAGUUUGAGCCGGUGCUGUUUGGGACGAUGGAGGAUGGGAAGACGAUUGCGAGGGGGACGCCGUUUGAGACGUGGGUUUUGACCGGCUGAGGGAUUGCAUUUGAUUUGGAUAUAUGCUCGGUGUUGGGGAGUCUGUAUGAUGUUAUGAUUAUGGUUAUGGUUGUCUAUACGCUCUGUACAUAAAAAGAUUCUAUGAAU